CGGACAGUUGUACAUUUCAUUUGUCAGUGUUUAUCGCCUCUUAUAAGAAAAAUUAUAAAGUAUCCCUUGAAUUUAAAAGGGUCUAAAAAUAUGGGCACCUACAUACAAUUAAGCAAAUAUACUGAGUAACGACGAGCUCAAAGAGGUUCUCGCAAAACGAUCUAUAUCUUUUAGCGUAACAUAACGAGCUAAGUAGCUUAGCAUCGAAUUAGCAUAGUUUGAAACCACAAUCAUGAGCCUCGCAGUUGGCCGCGAACCCAGAAAGACUGCGGGAAACCGUAUGUCCAAACUACUGGAUGCUGAAGAAGAGGAUGAGUUCUACAAGACCACUUACGGAGGCUUCAACGAUGAAUCGGGAGAUGAUGAGUAUCACGGAGAACAUUCAGACACAGAGGACGAGGUUGACAGUGACUUCGACAUCGAUGAGGGUGACGAGCCGGACAGUGACCAGGAGGAGGACGCACCUCGGAGGAAAAGUCGGGUUGUCACCAAAGCUUACAAGGAACCAAUAAAGGUGCCAAAACCCAAACCUAAAAGAACAGAGGAGCAGAAGAAGACGGAGAAAACUAAAGUGGAGCCAAAAAGGAGGAUUCCACAAGAAUUCCAAGAUUUUGCAGAGACUCGGAAGUCUGUCCGACAGUCCACCAGUGAACAUACACGAAAGACGAAUCUACGCUUACAAGAACGGCAGGACGCCCCGCGAAGGCGACGAGGCGCUCAUCGUGACCGACCCCUCACCCAGGAAGAGCUGCUGGCUGAGGCGAAAAUAACAGCCGAGAUCAACAUUCGAUCACUUGAAAACUACGAACGUCUGGAGGCAGACAAGAAGAAACAAGUCCACAAGAAGCGGCGUUUUGAAGGACCAACCAUCCGUUACCAUUCAGUCCUUAUGCCCCUCGUCUCAAACCCAGUCCUUAAAGAAGAAAAUGUUGAUGUUGAGGGGUUGGACCAGGACGUUCCCCAGACUGCACCGCAGAAUCCCACCACACCUUCCCAGCAGUCUGCCGGAGGCCUGUGCUCCCGCACUUAUAUAACAUUCAGUGACGACGAAGCGUUUGAGGUUGCCUUCCCGCCAAGCUCCCAGACGAGUCCUCAGGUGCCCAUCCAGGAGGUUUGUCCUGUUACCCACAAGGCCGCGCUGUACCGAGACCCAGUCACAGAUAUACCUUACGCUAACGCACGAGCCUUCCGCAUCAUUCGGGAAGCAUACCGCAAAUACGUGGCCGCUCAUGGAUUUCCGAACACUUCAGGAGGGUCGACGGUACUUGACUCUUCAGCAGCGAAGGGCGCCCGGCAGAAAAUGGUUAUGAAACAGAGUGCGGCUGCUACAUAGAUUAGUUUCAAAAAGAUGGUAAAGGAUUGGUUUCUGUUUGAAAUUCUCAGUGAAAUGAUCGAAAACACUGUUUUUAUUUCUGUCCUUACAGCUCACGAGGAGUCUGGUGGAAAAAACUGACAUUUUGGGUUUGAGCUGUCACUGAGCUACUAAAAGGAAAAAAAACAAACAGUAGUAGAACCAAAACAGCUGCCGCAUGGCCUUAAAAUGUAAAAAGUCUUAUUUGUGAAGUCUGUGUGGAAAUCAGCUGAAAAAGGCGUGCAUCUGCACAGUGGCAGCUGUGAUUGUUCUUUUUAUUUAGUUUGUUUGUUUUAGAUUUAUGUUUUUUACUUAUUUUUCUUUUUGUGUUUGCAAAUAUUCUCAUCAAAAAAUAAAUUUUGGGAACUUGUAAUAAUUGAGAGUUAAACGAGUUCUGCUUUAUAAUGAAAAAUGGGACAUCUGCACAGCGGGAACCACAGGAAAAACUGGGAAAAUAAGCCCAUCAUCAUCAUAAAAUCGUCUUUGUUUUCACCAGCCUAAAAUCCAUUUAAUCUGUCAUGCCCUUCUUAAUUUACAGUGUAGUAUUUGUUUGUUUUU